AUCACUUGAGUCGAGAAAGGUUGUGUGAGAAUUUUAUGGGAAACUAUAUGGAAGCCUUUAUAGAAGGAUCUACAUUAUGGGAUAAUAUUGAAGGAAGAACAUUGAAAUUAGAACAUCCCAGGUUGGAUAGUUUGUCUGAACGUAUUUCCGAUAAAGACGGAGGCAUGUAUGUGCCUCAGCGUCUAUAUAGUGUACAUUCAUGUGGUGGGCGAUCACAUACGAGUUCGAGUUGUUCGAGUGAAGCAUGGGGUGAUGAGCCGCUGGGUCGGCCUUGGGCAUUAGAUGAUGAGUUAUCUAUGGAAUGUAUAUGGAAAAGAGCAUGUGAGACACCUUUACAUUCAAAAAAUGUGUUUUCACAAUGGACAAAUGGAUCAGAUGAGCUGCAAUGGUUUUCAACAUGCACACCGGGAGCGCAGGCAGCAUCGGUGCAUGGGGAAAAUACAAGUAUGUCAUUUACUUCGUCAUCUUUUCCAAAUAUGUAUUGUAAAACACGGAAUUUUUGUUCAUUUUGUAAACAUUCUUCUCAGUAUAUGGACCAGCAAAUCGGUACAGGCUUACAAAUUAAUUCAGGCCCGCAAGUCCACAAACAUGCAUCUUCAAACAUAGGAUAUAUUAAUUCAGAUAUGCACAAUGAUGCAGUUGAUACUGUUUUAGAUGUGUGUAAUGCACAUUCUAAAAAAAGUUCAGAUUCUUCUAUCAAAACAGGUUUAUACAAGACAGAAUUAUGUAAAAAUUGGGAAGAAAGUGGAGAGUGCCGAUACGGAUUGAAAUGCCAAUUUGCUCAUGGGCACUCAGAGCUCCGUACUUUACUUCGGCAUCCAAAAUACAAAACGUCUCCUUGCAAAACAUUUAUGGAGAGUGGGUCAUGUCCAUAUGGUCAGCGAUGCUGCUUUUCACAUACAAAAGAGCAAAUAAAACCCAAGAAAAUUAGCGUAUCAUUACCUUUAAAAAAUACAGUUCCAUCUCAAGGGUCAACGUUUCCUCCAAGCAUCUCAGAUGUAACAAAUCAAGAAAAAUCUGGUAUAAAAACGUUAAAUACCACGUCUUUAUCGCAAAAAACAAUGCAUAAUCUGGAUCUUUCUGGAUUUAGUCAUUUGUUUAGUACUAUUAAUUUGCUUGACGAAAUAUCGCCACUCAGUCUUACCUAA